CUGUUAAAAGAAACCGUAACAGGGUGGGUACCUAACAGAUUUGACCAUAGCGAGAAUCAAUCAGAGAAAGGGAAAAUUCAGAGACUGUCCUCUCAGUUUAAGCAUCAAUGUCACUCUUAAAUCAACUCUUCAACAGAGGAGUUUUUGGUGCUAAAUGCAAAACAUGUUUGACAUUGGCAAUCUCACGCAUCAAAUUGCUGCAAAAUAAAAGAGAUUUGCAGCUCAAACACAUGCGCAAGGAAAUUGCACAAUUUUUACAGGCUGGCCAAGAAGCAAUAGCUCGAAUUCGAGUGGAGCAUGUAAUUAGAGAGCAAAAUAUAUGGGCUGCAUAUGAGAUAUUGGAGCUGUUUUGUGAGUUUGUUCUUGCACGGGUUCCAAUUCUUGAUAGUCAGAAGGAAUGUCCAGCUGAAUUGCGAGAGGCUAUUGCAAGCAUAAUUUUUUCUGCCCCAAGAUGUUCAGAAGUUCCAGAUUUAUUGCAGAUCAAGAAUUUAUUUUCUGCAAAAUAUGGAAAGGAAUUUGUCAUGGCUGCUUCUGAGCUCCAUCCUGACUCUAGUGUCAACCGUGCAAUCAUUGAAAAGCUUUCUGUUAUCACUCCAUCAGCAGAGACAAGGCUUAAGGUUUUGAAGGAAAUUGCACAAGAAUAUAACUUGGAGUGGGAUUCUUCUAACACAGAAGCUGAGCUUGGUAAAAAGCAUGAAGAUCUUCUGGCUGGAUCAAAGCAAAUCGUAGCUGAAGCUGCACUUUCUCAAGCUCCUAUGAAAUUGAGCUCUCCUAAACCCUCACCUUCCAAUGGGGCAAGCCCUAUCAUCAAUACAGAUAGCAAGCAAGGAUCUCAGUAUCUUCAGCCUUCUAGCCCCAUGAGCAACAUGCCCUUGGUAGAUGCUAAUGAAAUUGAACCAACAAUCAGAAACCAUACUGCAGGCUCAGUUACUGAUGCUAAAAGAGGGACAACAUCACAGUCUUCUGAUGUCUUGGAGAGAGCUCGAGCUGCCAUUGCCUCUGCAGAGCGAGCAACUGCAGCUGCUCGUGCUGCUGCUGAACUAGUAAAUGUUGAAUUUGUUUCUUUGAAGCUAGAAACUAAGUCAACGUAGUGUGGAUCAUUGAUCUUCAACCACAGUUCUUGUGAUGCAUGUCUGUUGCUGCUCAAGAUUACAGAAGGAAGCAUGCAAAAAUGAAACCAAAAGAACGAAUAUGUACAUUACACAAUGCAAAAUAUCGUUAGAUGGAAGUUGUCAAGACAUCAAAGAGAAUACAGUAUGUCACAGUUCUUUUUCCUGAACUUUCUCUUCGCAGCCCAGAAAGCCCUGUGUUAUAUCUAUUCUCAUGGGUUUUUACUGCAAGUAUUUUCUCAUGACUAGGGAUUGAAAAUUAUUGGUUCUCUACAAUAAAUUCGAGGUUUCUUAAUCGAUGACCUGUAAUUUAAUAAUAAUUGAUUUAUUUUCAGAA